AAGCGAACCAUUGAGAUGAGGAGACCUCCUCGGUCCUAGAGCGGUGCAGGAAGUGUCCCAGGGGAGGGAGCCGGAGGGCUCCGGCCUUUCCUUUCCGCGGCGGCCCGGCCUGCGCGGCCCGCCAACCGGGACGCUGCUCAGCGGCGUCUCCCUUCGCUCCCAAGCCCAGCUGAAGCUUUCUAAAUGAUCCCGAGACAGGGUUUGCUGCCCAGGGACGUAGUCUGGCCCCUGCAGAGGAGCCGCCUCGGCCAAGACACCAGGGAGACCGGGCUGGAAGUUUAAUUUGUGAAGAUCUCAAGAACAAAGACAGUGACUUUGGUGCCAAAGCUUCAAGAUUGUGGCUUGCUGGGGCUAUAUCCUCCAAGAAGACCUGUCCCCUAAAGAUUUCCUGCCUUCACUGCCACCUCUUAGGGGAACCUACAUGGAGUGAUGCUCAUGGGAAGAGCCAUCUUUCUUUCUGCCCCCAUGUGGCCGUCUUCUGCCGCUGACCCCCAUCAAAUCCCAUCAUGCCCACAGCCCUGUGCCCACGAGUCUUGGCUCCAAAGGAAAGUGAGGAGCCCAGGAAAAUGCGGAGUCCUCCUGGAGAGAACCCCAGCCCUCAGGGCGAGCCUCCCAGCCCAGAGUCUUCUCGCCGCCUCUUCCGCCGGUUCCGCUACCAGGAGGCAGCAGGCCCACGGGAGGCCCUGGAGCGCCUCUGGGAACUGUGCCGGGGCUGGCUGCGGCUUGAAAGGCACACGAAGGAGCAGAUCCUGGAGCUACUGGUGCUGGAGCAGUUCCUGGCCAUCCUGCCAUGGGAGAUCCAGAGUUGGGUGCGUGCCCAGGAGCCGGAGAGUGGAGAGCAGGCUGUGGCUGCAGUAGAGGCUCUGGAACGGGAGCCAGGGAGACCCUGGCAGUGGCUCAAGCACUGUGAAGACCCGGUUGUGAUUGACGAUGGCGAUGUGCCUGGACCUCAGGACCUUGAGCAAGAGCGAGUGUCAGCGGAGUCCCAGAGCAACCCUGACGCCCAACCUGUGGCCCUUGCACAGGGCCUAGGGCUCCUCAACAGACCACCAGGCCAGCCCACUGAGGACCCAGUUCCGCAAGAUGGUUUCCUUGUUCAGGAGCAGAGUGUCAGGGACGCCCAGCCGGUGACCACCUGCCCAGCGGUGACCACCUGCCAGCUGCCCCCGAACCGAGUUUCUCCAUUUAAGGAUAUGAUCUUAUGCUUCUCAGAAGAGGACUGGUCCCUUCUGGACCCAGCGCAGACUGGUUUCUACGGAGAAUUCAUCAUUGGGGAAGACUACGGGGUCUCCAUGCCUCCAAACGACCCUGCAGCUCAGCCAGACCUCUCACCUGAAGAGAACGGGCCACGGAUCAUAGAGAUGCCAGCCCUCCAGGGUAAAGAUGCGCCCCAGGUGUCCUGCCUAGACCUUCCCAGUCUCCAGCCAUUCCAAGAAGAAGGAAGGAAAUGGGAGGAACUGCAGGUGCCAGAGCUCCAGUCCUGCCAGCAGGUGGCGCUCACUCAGAGUCCUUGUCCAGGAGGUGAUCCACCACCCCUAAAGAAUAGCCUGGACCAGGAGGUGACCAUUGAGAUCGUGCUGUCCAGUUCUGGGGAUGAGGACUCCCAACACAGCCCAUACUGCACAGAGGAGCUGAGGAGCCCUGCAGAAAAGCCCCAUAGUCUCUCGACCCACCGCAACAGCACGGAGGCUGGAGGCGAGGUGCAAACCUCACAAAAGUCUUAUGUGUGUCCGAACUGUGGGAAGAUCUUCCGCUGGAGGGUCAACUUUAUCCGCCACCUGCGCAGCCGCAGGGAGCAGAAGCCACACAAAUGCUCAGUGUGUGGAGAGUUAUUCAGUAACAGCGAAGACCUGGAUGGACACCUGGAGACCCAUGAGGCCCAGAAGCCCUACAGGUGCACUGUCUGCGGAAAGAGCUUCCGCCUCAACUCACACCUGCUCUCCCACCGACGGAUCCACUUGCAUCCAGACAAACAGCCACCAGUGAAGAAGAGCGAGGAGGAUGCCUUGGAAACGGAGGGCACAGGUACCCAAGCCCUGCUGGAGAAGAGCAAGGCUAAGCUGGGCUUCCAGUGUGGGAACUGCGGGAAGGGCUUCCAGAGACACGACUAUCUGGUGAGACACCGUAGCCACUGUCACCUGAAGAGUGAGGCUCGUCCCCUCCAAUGUCGGUACUGUGUCAAAACUUUCCGGCAGAAUUACGAUCUCCUCCGCCAUGAGCGCCUGCACAUGAAGCGCCGCUCCAAGCAGGCUCUGAACUCAUACUGAGCGGGACGUGGCCCUACAAACUAGUCCCUGCCUAGCACAAAGCCUGAACCACCUGCCCUUUGCUCUCAGGUAGUGUCCGACUUCUGGUGCCAUGCCUCUUCCUCCCCAGAUAAAAAGUAGCCACCUGAGCACUCCUUCUACUGUGCCAAAACCCAGGGAGGUGAGGCAACUCUGCAUCUUAGAGACCUUUAGUCACAUGCUCCAGCCCUCAGAGGGACUGAGCUGCCCCAUCCCAUGCCUUCUAGGGGUGAGGUAUGUGCAGUGGGGAGCUGGCCUAAAGCCCUGACCCUGGUCCUGUCCUCAGAAGUCAGUUUGAGGUCAUUGUGUCUAGGAGAGUGUCCCACAGAUGGCCAGGAGGGCCUUUGGGGUCUGGGGAUUGUCAUGAGACCUGAUUUGGCCAGGCCACUGACCAUACGGGGAUCAGGAGCUCACAUUUUAAAUGUGUGCACCUGUCCCAACAUGUCUUCAUUGUGCCCCAAAGAUCCUUCAUAAAUCUGUGAUGGAAACUGCCUGUCACCACCCUGAGUCCUGCAUUCUGUCAGCCCAUCAAGGCUCUGUUGGACGAGCCAAACCCUGGGACAGAAGCUUCUGUGAAGCCGUGUCCUUCAAGGGUACCCAGUCCAAGGCAGCCUCUUUAGUUCCCUGGCACUGUUGUGACUGUACUAAACCUGAGCUCUUCUAAUACCAGCAGGGGGCAUUGUCCCAGCUGUGAGGCCUCUAAGGCCGAGAGCUGGUGUCAGCAGGGUUGGUUCUCUGGGGCUAGAAGAGGGGAUGAAUCAUCCUGGGGCUGUCGUCACUAACCCUUGUCUGUAGCCCUGGGCUGCAUACUGCACAGAGAAGAUGAGGAGCCCUGCACAAACGUCUUUGCCUUUGUCUCCACUGUGUCAGUCUCCAAACUUAACCUUUUGUACAGGAUCCCAGUUUUUGGGUUGGGGCGCUAACCCUGUCUGUUACAGCUGAACCCCACCUACAUCUGGAGUGGCCGUUUCCAAAUAAAGUCACAUCUUGAGGUGCUAGGAAUAAGGACUUCAACCCUGGAGUUUGAGUGGACAUAGCCAAACCCCAGAUGAUCUCAUGGUGCUGUUAUCCUGCCUCAGAUGAACCGAUGUGGACUUGGGGUAGCUUGCUUGCCAUCCCUUUGAAUGCCGGGCUCAGUCCGUUGUCUGCUCUCAGAGCUGCUGUCAUCUGCAAGGAAGAAUCCUCAUCCAUGGCCUUUAAGUUCAGAGCCUGGGAUUCUGGGGGUAGUUGUUGAUAGGAAACCUCAAGCAAUUGAAAAUGUGGUCUUACUGUCCUGGCCCACUGGUGUUGACCUCAGUGUGGCUAUGACUGGACCCAAGAGCUGCAGCCAGGCUGGUUCUGUAGGCUGUACCAGCUCUCAGCUGUCAGGAAGCCUGAGAAAAUGAAUUCACGGCCUCUGGUGCUCUAUGUCCUGAUUUUCACAUCAAGAAGCCUCUAUUCAGAUGCAAUCAGAGAAUUCUGAGACUUUCUUUUUCUGCUCAGUGCAUUGCCCAGAAAUAGUAAAUGCAAUAAAACCACCACACCUUGAACAAGAAAUAAACUGUCCUAGUUUC